UACAGAACUCAUUGAUGUGGGUAAGACACAGAGUGCUCUGAAGGCAUUGCACGAUGUCAUCACCAGCAAACGUCACCGAUCCUGGACCAAGACGUCUGAAUCCAUCAUCACCCUGUUCUUGGAGUUAUGUGUGGAUCUCAAGCGCGGUAAGACUGCCAAGGAUGGUUUGCACCAGUACAAGAACGUGUGCCAGCAUGUCAGCAUUGGUUCACUAGAGACCGUCAUUCGCAAGUUUAUCCAGAUGUCCGAGUCGAAGGCUGAGGAGGCGUCUAAGAAAGCCGAGGGCAGUGAGACCUCUGAUAUCGUGGUCGAUGAUUUGGAGAACGAUGCUACCCCGGAGGAUCUUCUGCUUGCCACUACUACCACUGAGAACGCGCAGGAUCGCACAGAUCGCGAGGUGGUGACGCCGUGGUUGAAGUUCCUAUGGGAAUCGUACCGCACUGUUCUUGAGAUUCUGAAGAACAACCCCAAGUUGGAAGUCCUGUACAAGGAGACUGCCGAGCACGCGUUUGUGUUCUGUACCAAAUACGAGAGAAAGACAGAGUUCAGACGUCUGUGCGACUUACUCCGUGGGCAUCUGGAGAACGUCAAGAAGUACGCCAGCCAGUCCAACAACAUUAACCUCAGCAACCCGGAGUCGCUCAGCCUGCAGAUCGACACACGCUUCUCACAGUUAGAGGCCGCUGGUGCUCUGGAGCUAUGGCAGGAGGCGUUCAAGAGUAUCGACGAUCUGCACAAGCUCAUGAGCAUGUCUAAGAAGGCCCCCAAGCCGCAGAUGAUGGCCAUGUACUUUGAUAAGCUACACGCCGUCUUCUGGGAGGCCAAGAACCACGCGUUCCACGCCUACGCCUGGCAGAGACUGUUCCUUAUGUCUACAGAGCAGAAGAAAAAUCUGACAAAGGAAGAAAGCUCGCGUAUGGCCACCAAUGUGUUGCUUGCCACCCUUUGCAUCCCCGUAAAGCCCGAGAAGUCGCACCUGGACAUUGAGAGCUCUGCCGCAGAGAAGAACCAGAAGCUAGCUUCAUAUGUGGGACUACAGUCACCCCCUACCCGUGUGUCUUUGAUCAACGAUCUUCGCAGCAAGAAUAUUUUGUCGGCCGUCAACCCCGAGCUUCAGGAGCUAUUCCACUGGGUGGAAAAUGAGUUUCACCCUCUCGAAAUGAAGGAGAAAAUGGCCCCACUCUUGAAGUACAUUGAAGCGGAACCCUCGCUUGCCAAGUACCUCGCACCCCUGCGCCAGAACGUACUUAUCCGUCUGCUGCAACAGCUGUCCAAGGUUUACCAAACGAUGCGCAUGUCUGCCCUGUGCUCACUUGUUGAAUUCUGCACCAGACACGAGAUCGAGAAGUUUAUCGUGGACGCUGUCAAGAAGGACACUCUACAGGCUCGUCUCAAUCACCGCACAGGUACCGUCACAUUCGGCGCCGAUCUGUUCUACAGUUCCGAAACAGCAGCCACCGACAACAACGAUGCCAGCUCUGGUGGCGCAUUCCACUCGUCGCGCGCUAUGCAGUCCUCUUACAUGCGUGACAUGCUAACGGACCUCUCCGCAGGUCUGCACAACGCUAUGGGUAUGAUUUACCCUGAACGCCGUAUUGACCAGGCUCAGCGCAAGCACAUUGCCUUCCAGAAGCACGUGGUGUUGAUGGGACGCGAACACAAGAAGAACCUUGAGCGCAAGGUAUUGAUUGAGAAUCGCAAGGUGGAGAAAGAGGAGGCUCUUGCCAACCGAUCAAAGGCUGCGGCCAAGCAGAGGGAGGCCCAACGCGUCAAGAAUGCCAAGAUUGAGGCUGAGCGUCUUGAGAAAGAAACUAAGGCCAGAGAAGAGGAGAAGCGCCAGCGUGAGCUGGAGGCUAUCCGUGCGGCUGUGGAGCCCGCGCAGAACGACAGAGAGGAUAUUCUGAAACAAGUCGAGAAACUCGAGAAGGAGAAGAAGGACAUGCAGGGCAAGCUGAAGGGUAUCGAGCGCAAGAACGAUCACUUCGAACGUGCCAAGCGUCUAGAAGAGAUUCCCAAGAUCGAGGCCAGACGUGAGCAGUUGAAGGCUGAUGAUGUCAUCUUCCACGAAUCCCAAUACGCUAAUAUCCUUGAGGACGCCGAGAAGCAGCACGUUAAGAACUUGGGGAUGAAGAAGCGGCUGGAGAAGAUGUCUGCGGACAAGGAUCUCUACAUCGAGAACAUCAAUGCCCAGGCCCAGGCCGAUUAUGAGGAACGCAAGAAGAAGUUCGACGGAGAGGUGGCCCGCACACUUGCGCAGCGAAAGAAGGAGCGAGAAGAGCAGAAGGAACAGCGCGCAGAGGAGAGACGCCAGGCAGCGGCUCUGAGAAAGGAGGAAGAACGUUUGGAAGCCGAGGCUGCUGAGCGUGCUGCGGCCGAGGAGGCUGAGUACCAGAGGAAGAUGGAGGAGAAGAGGGCUGAACAGUCUAAGUUGGACGAGAUUGCCGCCGUGCAGCGACAACGCGAAGUCGAGGCAGAGGAGCGCCUGAAAGAGAGACGCCAGAAGGACUUGGACGAGAUGGCGGCUCAGCGUGCAGCCGUGCGUGCCCGCGAGAACGCGGUUCCAGCGGCUGGUGGCGCUCCCUGGAGACGCGGCGGCGACUCGCCCGCGGGAGGCGAUGAACGCUCGCCCAACGCUGGCCGUGCGCAAGGACCUCCAGAGAGACGUGGAUACGAGUCACGUGAGCGUGAAGCUCCGGCCGCCGGUGGAUGGCGCAGAGGUGGCGGUGGAGAUAGCCACAACAACCGUGGCGGCGACCGGGGUGGCGAUAGGUACGGUGGAGGUAGAGACGGAGGGUAUGGCCGCAGAGAUGCAUCGCCCCGAAGAGACGGCCGCGACGGAGUGCGUGACGGAGGCUACAACUCGCGUCGUGGUGACGACAAGGGCGCACCACAGGGCAGGGUCGAUGGCGGCGGUGGUGGCUGGAGAAGGGAUGACCCCCCCGCGGGUGGAGCUAGAGGCGGGGACCGGUACCAAGCCCGAGGCGGAGGCGGCGCGGACAGAGGAGGACGCGACCAGGGCAGGGGAGGUGCUGAGCGGGAUUGGGGGCGUAUCAGAGCGACAUCGCCCGCUGCCCCCCCUCGCAACACCAACGAGAAUGCCCAAAGGGAUGGACCUUCACCCACACCCAAGAAGGACAACGCACCAGUCGUGGAUGACGAUGGCUUUACCACAGUACAGAAGAAGGGCAGACGCUAAGUCACCUGGCGCAUUAUUCUCGUGCUAUUUGAUGGGUGCUAAACCUGUUUGUUAGGCUGGUUGCUGUGCACGUGUGUUGACUAAACCACAACACUAGAACAUAUUUAUAAUCAGCCGAUGAAAGGUUGUAUCUAGAAAGUAACGCGAGUUGUACAUACUGUCAACGUGCGAUCUCGAAACUCCACAGAGUGCUGAGCCAAAACAGCUUGCCAUUGUGUGAGAAGUUGCGGAGUGUAUGUCAUCGACAUUCGAUCCGCAUAACGUGGGCGGCCCAAUGUUUAGGAAUGCUCGGGGUCAGAAUGCGAGACCGCUUCAUCUCUAAUGAAUCCGAAAUAGGAAAUACACAUGAAAUAAUGUAGAAAAUACGAGAGCUAGAGCAUGCGAGUCUGCAUCAAGUACAUCACACCCCGGCACAAACCAGAACCUAGCGUCACGAUGCGAAGUGAUGGUACGUUUAGUAACAAUAAACAUCUUUUAG